CCAGGUACCCAUAAAAUGAAAGUGAAGAUAAAUGGACAGAAACUUGCCAAGAGUCCAUUUUCUAUUCUGGUCAAAGCACGAGAGUUAAAUGUUGUAGGCAAGCUGGAUUUUCAGAGAAAAAUGCUUCAAGGUCCAACCGGCAUUGCAGUGAACAGUAAAGGUGUUAUUGCUGUGGCUGAUUCUGAAGGUCACUGUAUCCAGGUAUUUGACGAGACAGGAAAGUUUGUGCGAAAAUUUGGUUCUCAUGGAGACGAGAAUGGACAAUUAAGAAUUCCAGUCGACGUCACGUUCCUAAACGAUGACGAGAUUCUGGUGGCGGAUCAAUAUAAUCACCGAAUACAGCAGUUGAAUGUACAGACAGGGAACUUUGUGAAAAGCUUUGGAAAAAAGGGAAGUGGAGAUGGAGAGUUUGAGAAUCUUGCAAGUGUUUGUAUUACAAGUGAUGGGCGUUUUACUGUUGCAACGGAUUUUAAGAACAGCAGAAUUCAGGUGUUUACAAUGGAUGGUGAACCUGUGCUUAAGUUUGGGGACAGCGGCCCAGAAAGGCUAGAUAAUCCUGUCAGCUGCGUUUGUUACGAGGAAAAGUUCAUUGUAACUGACAGGAAUAAUAACUGUGUUAAAGUGUUUGAUGAGAAAGGACAGUUUUUGUUCAAGUUUGGAGAAAAAGGAAACGGUGAUGGACAGAUGGAUAUGCCGUUUGGCUUAUGUGUUGACAAACAUAACAACGUUUUCUUAUGUGACAAGGGGAAUAAUCGAGUUCAACAGUUUACAUUGGAAGGAACUUUCAUUGGAAAGACAAGUACUAAUAUUCAAUUUGGAUGGUUCUGGAGCGUUACCCCAAUGCUAGAUGAUCGGAUUUUGGUCACAGAUAACAAAGGGAACGAAGUUUACAUUCUGAAAUGA